AAAUGAAGAAGAGCUCCAGCCUCAACCUUCUCCUUCUUGCUUUUCUCACUGUCUUCUUUAGUUCUCUCUUCCCCAUUUCCAUUGCUUUUGAUUCCGAAACUGAUAAUGAAUUAGCAUUCACAUACAAUGAAGGAACAGGCAAAGGACCAAAGAAAUGGGGUCUUAUAAACAAGAAAUGGGAAGCAUGUAAUAAUGGAAAAAUGCAAUCACCCAUCAAUAUUCUUAAGGAUGAAGUUGAAGUUUUGCCAAGUUUAGGAAAAUUAAAAAGGGACUAUAAAGCAGCUCCUGCUACUGUGCAAAAUAGGGGACAUGAUAUCACUGUGAGAUGGAAAGAAGAUGCAGGGAAAAUUAAGAUCAAUGGGACUGUUUUCAAACUAGUCCAGUGUCAUUGGCACUCACCAUCUGAACACAUCAUUAAUGGUUCAAGAUAUGAGGUAGAGCUUCACAUGGUUCAUUUAAGCUCUGAAGGAGGGAAAGCUGUGGUGGGAAUACUUUACAAAUAUGGGACGCCUGAUUCCUUCCUUUCAAAGAUACUUCAUCACAUAAAAUCAGUGGGGAAGGAAGAGAGAGAUUUGGGGAUGGUUAAUCCAGGAGAAAUUAAAUUUGGGAGCAGAAAAUAUUUUAGGUAUAUUGGUUCUCUUACAGUACCUCCUUGCACGGAAGGAGUGAUUUGGACAAUUGGCAAGAAGGUAAGAACUGCUUCAAGGGAGCAAGUUAAAGCACUAAGAGAUGCUGUUCAUGAUGGCUUUAAGGCAAAUGCAAGGCCAAUUCAGCCAUUAGAUGGUAGAUCAAUUUACUUGUACUCUCACCACAAGAUCUGAUCUUCUGCUUCAAGUUCUUUACAUUACAACUGCAAGAGAGCGUUCUUGGCCUCAGAGAGUUUGAAAAAUUUUACAAUACAAUUAUUUUAUAUUUAAUAAUUUUAUUAUAAUUAUUAAUUAUAUUGAGUUUUAUUUAAAUUUCACUAUAAUCCAUAAUUAUUAAGACCGUCAAUCUU